AUGGUGGAGUCUCUCUUCACAGAGGCCUUGAACAAAUUUCUGAACACUAAAUCAGUGUUCAGCAGUCCAUUUCUGAAGCCUGUAUCAGAUAGGCAGGCCCCAGGAUACAAGGAUGUGGUGAAAAGACCUAUGGAUUUAACUAGCUUGAAGAGGAAUCUGUCUAAGGGACGGAUUCGCACCAUGGCCCAGUUUCAGCGGGACCUAAUGCUGAUGUUUCAAAAUGCUGUGAUGUACAAUGACUCUGACCAUCAUGUAUACCACAUGGCUGUGGAGAUGCAGCAAGAAGUCUUGGAACAGAUUCAGGUGCUGAGUAUUUGGUUAGAUAAAAAAAGAGAUUUAAGUAGUCUUGAAUGAGGACCACGCAACGCGGUGGAUGAUGGAACACCUGUUUUGUUAACCUGGAACUGCUACACAGACCUUUACUGGCAUUUGGACCUGUCCUUGAGACUGACCCAGAGAAGAUUUCAGUCCUUGUUUGCCAUUUCUCUCUUUUGUUUUUUAUUUUUCCUCCCCCCACCCCGCCCCUUUUAACUUAUUUCAAAGAAGUUAAAGAUACCUGUAACAUAAAGAGGGGGGAAAGCUGAGAUUUGGGUUUAUACCACAAUUAUUGCCCACAUCUUUGUCCACAGGCUUAAUUUAGAGGUGACUAGAUUAAACCUGUUGUUACAGAUCUAUAAAUAAAUGUUAUUUCACAAACUGCAUAUUGCUUUUUAAGUGAGUAAAGA